AUACAGGCCAGCCGGCCCUGCCAGCGAUGUAUCAAUCCGUACGCAAGCAGGAAAGCAACAAAGUGGCAGAAACGCCGUCGUAAUUUGUAGCAAUUUUUCUGCGGUUGUAGCAAUCGAGGAGAAGACUGAGGCAGUACAGGCAGAAGGCGCAACCAACAUGACAGAAGAGAAGGAGCAACAACCCAGAAGCUUCCGCAACCGCAUCGCGUCGGACUCGGCUGUGGAGUAUCAGUUUACAAACGGGUACCAUGGCCGUCGGCGAAGCCUCAUUGACGACGCACGCGCGGAGAAGGAGCUUUGCCGUGCCACAGGGCGGCGGCUGUCGAAUGCAUGGCGGCAGCUCAGUCUAUCCGAGGAUGACGAAGACCUGGAGGUGUUGGACAAUGUUGAGGACAACGACGUUCCCGUGAAGGCCGCCAUCGUCUUCUCACCGAACGACGGCUUCGACAGACUGCCCGCCAUCUUGGAUGCGUUCAAGAGAUAUCACGUGACGAUUCACCACAUCGAGUCCCGCCCUCCCCAAGAUGGCGGUGAUGACGUCAGCUUCCUGGUUCGAUGCGAGCGCGACCAGGGAAGGGGCAACAUCCCCGGCCUGGUCAUCUCACUCAAGAGAAGGGUCAAAAGUCUGCAGCUCUUCCACGAAAAUGGGGUCGACAUGGACGGUCCCUGGUUCCCGAAGGUAAUCUCGGACCUGGACAAGUGCCAUCAUCUGGUCACUAAGUUUGAACCUGAGCUGGAUGCAGAUCAUCCGGGUUUCUCGGACAAAGUGUACCUUGCUCGCAGAAAGAAAAUCGCGGAAGCUGCUUUCGAAUACAAACAUGGCCAGCCAUUGCCGGUAAUAGACUACACAGAAGAGGAAACAACAACUUGGGGGAUUGUCUACCAGUCCCUUACAUCUCUAUACCAAAGUCAUGCCUGCAAAGAGCACAUGGAGGGCCUCAAACUGCUAGAAAAGCAUUGCGGAUACAGUGCGGAUCUGGUUCCUCAGCUAGGGGCGGUGUCCAACUUUCUGAAAGAGAGAACAGGCUGGCAGCUGCGUCCCGUGGCAGGUCUUGUCUCUGCGCGAGACUUCCUUGCCAGUCUCGCUUUCCGCGUGUUCCAGUGUACCCAGUACCUGAGACAUGGCUCCUCGCCGCACCACUCUCCAGAACCAGAUUGCUGUCACGAACUCCUUGGCCAUGUGCCCAUGCUGUCAGACCCCAGUUUCGCACAGUUUUCACAGGAGAUAGGUUUGCUGUCUCUCGGUGCUUCUGACGAAGACAUAGAGAAACUUGCCACGUGCUACUGGUUCACGGUUGAGUUUGGUCUGUGCAGACAGGACAACAAGUUGAAGGCGUAUGGCGCUGGGCUUCUUUCUUCCUAUGGAGAGCUAGAGUAUGCCUUGUCUGGCAAACCGGAAAUCAAGGACUUUGAACCGGAAGUGACGGCAGUUGAACCAUACGAUGACGUCAACUACCAGACUGUCUACUUUGUCUCUGACACCUUCGACAGGGCCAAGGAACAGCUAAGAUCGUAUGCCUCAAAAAUACGGCGGCCAUUCGAAGUGACCUAUGACCCUUACACGCAGUCCGUCGAGGUUCUGGACUCUCGCGAGAAGUUACAGCGUCUGUCCGAGAAGAUAAAGGGUGACGUCAUCCUGCUGAACACUGCCAUGAAGAAAAUCAUCAACUAGACAAAACUGUAAAGCUGUAGCCACUACACUUAGGGUUCUCAUCAACUUAAUAUCCAGGCAAAUGCAUAUUGAAGGGACCACAAAAAGGGGUUUCAAUGGUCAUGUGGUUCUUUUG